GGGGAUUUUCAGCAAACAAAUCUUCUCUACGGAAUCUGAAUUACAGGGGCAAUUCACGUUCAUGGCAGGAAAAAGAUAACUACUUUGCAUCACCUGGAGAAGAAGAAGAUAGAGAUAGAUUUAGUGAGUAUUACCCAAACUCUGCGCCGUCCUCAUACGGUGUCCUUUAUGGGCCAGUUACUUUCCACCGCCGCAGGAGCAAAGUCCAGAUCCACGGCAUCGGUUUCCCCAGUGAAGGACAGUGGAGGUUCCGAUGACGUCACCGAUGCCUUUUCCGACGGCGCGUCGUGCGACUACACCUACGAGAUACCUGAUGAGUGCCUGGCUUGCGUAUUCCAGUCUCUUAGCUCCGGCGACCGGAAGCGGUGCUCCCUCGUCUGUCGUAGGUGGUUGAGGGUCGAGGGGCAGAGUCGCCACCGUCUCUCGCUUAACGCUGUUUCUGACCUUUCCGCUGCGGUUCCUUCUGUCUUUUCCCGAUUCGAUGCGGUCACCAAACUCGCGUUGAAAUGUGACCGCAGAUCGGUGAGUAUUGGUGAUGAGGCCUUGGUACUUAUCUCCCUCCGUUGCCGGAAUCUGGAUCGACUGAAGCUUCGCUCUUGCCGAGAGAUCACCGAUGCCGGAAUAGAGGCUUUUGCUAAGAAUUGCAAGGGUUUGAAGAAGCUCUCUUGCGGAUCUUGCACCUUUGGAUCCAAAGGUAUGAACGCUGUUCUACAAAACUGUACGUUCCUAGAAGAACUAUCAGUGAAACGUCUGCUUGGUAUCACAGACCCGGCUUCUGCGCACCCGAUUGGAUCUGACGUAGCUCUUUCAUCGCUAAAAGUUAUCUGCCUGAAAGAGCUUUACCAUGGACAGUGUUUCGGACCAUUAAUUGUUGGAUCUAAGAACCUGAAGACGCUUAAGCUCUUCAGGUGCAUUGGUGAUUGGGACAAGGUUCUAGAAAGGAUUGCCUGCCAGGUCAGCGGACUCGUUGAGAUUCACCUUGAAAGGCUUCAGGUUAGUGACGCUGGUCUCUCUGCUAUUUCCAACUGUCCGAAUCUGGAAAUCCUUCAACUUGUGAAAACACCAGAAUGUACCAACUUCGGACUUAUGAAUGUUGCUGAACACUGCAAAAUUCUCCGAAAGCUUCAUAUUGAUGGGUGGAAAACAAAUAGGAUAAGCGAUGAUGGGUUGCUUGCUGUGGCAGAGCACUGCCUUAAUCUGCAAGAACUGGUUCUGAUUGGCAUCAAUCCAACUCGAACAAGUUUAGAGAAACUCGCUACAAAUUGUGUGAAUUUAGAAAGGUUAGCUCUGUGUGGAAGUGAGACUGUAGGGGAUCCGGAGCUGUCCUGCAUUGCUGCGAAAUGCAUUGCGCUGAAGAAGCUCUGUAUAAAGAGUUGCCCGGUGUCUGACCUGGGAAUGGGAGCUCUUGCCCGAGGGUGUCCAAACUUGAUAAAGGUGAAGGUUAAAAAAUGCAGCCUAGUAACUUCUGAGGGUGCUGACGAGUUGAGGGGAAGUAGGGAUUCAAUUGCUGUAAAUUUAGAUACUUGUGAUCAGUUGGAGAACCUGGGAAGUGAUGGUGGUGCCCCUGAAAUUGGCCAAGAGGGGAGUGCUGAUGGUAGUAGUAGUAUUGCAUCCAGUGGUGGUGGAAGGUCAACAUCCUUCAAAGCAAGGUUAAGUAUUAUUUCGGGAAGGAUUUUAGUUGCUUGCACAUUCAGAAGGUUGUCAGGCUUUGGUGGCAGAACUGGUUGAACCCGGUUCAAAUGAUUCCACCUUGUAGAGGCUAAUGCCUAUUGGAAGUUUGGAACUGCUUAUGUCUGUGUUUCUAAUUUGAGUGAUGAUUACUAUAACAACACUCUCAACAGAUGCUUUGGUUUUUGGUUGUGUACUGAAAAUCCAUGACAGUUGAAUAAGAAUUGGGGUUUUAUGUUCUUUGAUGACAUGGAUAUUUGUAAGUGGAGCUUCUCUGUCUCAACUCUCAAGUGAGCGCUCUCAGACUCCGACAUUCAAAGGCCUGAGCAAUUUCAACCCACUUCCAUGAGUUAAAACCCUAACAUUAGUGCAUAGUAUAAUAUUUUAGAAUCCACAGUGCGUGAAUCUUGAAUAGAACAAGAACUCAUGUGACCCAAUCAGCACCUUUGAUGUGUCAACAAUACCAAAUACGAUAGUACAAGCUAUUUCCGUUUAGGUUCCAGCCCUCCAUAAAUAUGUAAAAUGCCUUCAAACCAUCUUUGGUCUCACUUUUAGGUAAUCCUUUUUACCUAAAUGUUGGCCUAAAUGUUCUGCAUUCACAGGCGCACAUGUUUAAUGAUUAUCUUCCAUUCUUGCCUAGGGGUUGUGCUUGGUGUUAAUUUCUCAGCUAUAAAGAAGAAGAUGAAGAACGGUGGACCAGAUGACCAGAUCUCCAACAGACUCCCAUUCCAGAAAUCACUGCUUCACAUGGAGGGAUGUCAAGUGGUCUUGCAUGAUUCAUUUGUUUCAAAUUUUCCUUUCCCCCCUUAACCCCUUUUUAAUUAUUAGUAAAGACUGGAUCAAUGCAUAACAUGUCUAUCUUUUCUUAUUCUUUCGAGUGUCUUUGGAAUGAAAAGAAUGCUUAUUUACAUCUUAUUGG